AUGACAACACGCGGCGAGGUUUCUACACCAUUGACCGUUGCGAAACCCGUCCAAGCAAACGGCGCACCGGGAAUCGGGUCCGAGAGUGGAGUUUUUGUUGACGCGGAAGUUGGGGAGGUUGUUGAUUUCGUGGGGGAGGAAGGGGGAGGUUGGAGAUUGGAGGCGGCGGGAUUGGGUGGGACGGAAGCGGAGGCGGUGGAGGGCGCCGGCGAGGAGGAAGAGGUUGAGGAGGAGGAAAGCGGCGAAGCCGAGGAAGAGGAAGAAGAGGGAGGUGAGAAGGAGCAUGAUGAUGGGUUUGAGGAAGAGGGAGAGGAGGUUAGGGUUGGGUUUGUGUUCGGGAUCGGCGCCAUGGGGAUGGUGAGGAAGAGGAGGCAUGGUUGGGAUUGGAAUUGA